AUGCUCAACGUCAAACUGCUCACACUUCUUUUCCAUCUCCUAUCACACAUCACAUAUGCAUCCACCCUCCCUCCAACCGUCAAAACACCCAACGGAACACUCACCGGACUCCACAACCCACACUACGCCCAAGACCUCUUCCUCGGCAUCCCCUACGCCCAACCCCCAAUAGGACCCCUCCGCUACCGCCGCCCUGCAUCCCUCGCCCAGCCCUAUGAUUCAUUCGAUGCAACAAGAUACGGACCGGGAUGCCAUUCGGCGCCUGUCAAAGUACCUGUAUUCACACAGAACCAACCUCCACAUCCCGAAAGCGAAGAUUGUCUAACACUCAAUAUUAUACGACCCGCGGGCCUCGGCAGUAGGGACACCAAACUCCCCGUCUUAGUCUUCAUCCACGGCGGCGGUUUUCAAGAAGGUAGUUCUGGCGAUCAACGCUACAACAUGUCCUUCCUCGUGCAAGAAUCCGUUGACGUAGGCGCGCCCAUCAUCGGCGUCAGCAUCAACUACCGGCUAUCUGGUUUCGGUUUUCUGCCCGGCAGUGCGGUACUGGAGUCCAACGUAGCGAAUCUGGGGUUACACGACCAGCGAUUGGCGCUUUGGUGGGUGAAGGAGAAUAUUGCUGCGUUUGGGGGUGAUGAGGACAAAGUUACGAUUCAUGGAGAGUCUGCAGGUGCGAUGUCGGUAGGAUAUCACCUGCUUGCUUACGGAGGACGCGAUGAGAGCCUUUUUCGCGCGGCGAUUGUGCAGAGUGGUGGGCCGGCGAAUUUUGCAAGAGGGAUGUCUGUAAGGGCGCAGGAUGGGUUUUACGACGACUUGCUCGGGCAGACUGGAUGUAUGCUGGCAGAGGACUCACUCGACUGUCUGAGAGGUUUACCCGCCGAGGUGCUCAAAGCCGUCUUUCAAGACCAAACGUUGCUCCCUGUCCAGGAUGGGGACUUCUUCGACGGAAAUUCGCGUGUGGCUUUGAAGCGCGGCAGAUUCGUCCGCCGGCCAAUGCUUGCUGGUGCGAAUACGAAUGAGGGAACUUCCUUCACCAUAGGUUCCGGCUUGAGUGUAAGUCACGGUGUAGCCAGUACUACAGUGGAUGGUAUCGCUGCUGAAUACCUCGAGCGGAUGUCGCCUGAAGAGCUGCAGGCUGCUCUCGGUACUGUACUGCCAUCGUCCCGUGCAGAGUACGGGGGUCUGUACGGGAGAGCUACGCUGUUCGUGGGCGAUCAUAUUUUCAUGGCCGCAAGACGCUUGGGCACUGAGAUGUGGGCCGAAUAUGGCGUUCCCGCUUAUAGCUACCGCUUCGAUACCGUGCCGGGUGGCGUUUCGCCCGAGACUCUGGGUGCUGCUCAUUUCGCGGAGAUUCCUUUUGUCUUUGGAAAUGUCGACGGUGUGGGACAUGAGGUCAAUUUUCUUGCUUCUGAUUCUACGGAAGAACGCGAGGAGUUUGUUAGACUCAGCAAACGUAUGAGCAGGAUGUGGUUGAGCUUUGCCAAUGAGCUCUCGCCGAAUGCUCAUUACGCUCUAGACGAUGAUACGAUCUGGCCGGCAUACAUAAAAGGAAGCGCUAGGAAUGUGGUCUUUGGAAAAAUUGGCAUCGGUCUGGAAGAAGAUACAUGGAGGGCUAAUGCGAUUACUCGGAUGAAUAGCGCUGCCGUCGGCUUGGAAGCCUAGUAAGCUGCCCAGUAAGCUGUUAGUGUAGAGUUUGUAGAUUUGAUAAUGGCGCACGCCAUGUGAAAUUUAUAUGCAACACGCAAACCAUAAUAAC